UCCCGAUCCUCAAAACUCGAAUUGAGUCGCGAACAGCGAAUGCGGCUGAAAGUGACGCAGACGGAUGCGAGCGGAGUAAGUGCAGGACGGUCGCUCGAGGAGCUCGACAGCGGCCACGUGAUCCUCGGCGAGGUCUUGGGCUCCGGCAGCUGCGCGGUGAUCUUCCCAGUGGAGGUGGUCGACAAGCCCUGGCUGGAGCCCAUCUCCCGGCGGACGCAGCUGGUGGCCAAGGUCUGCAAGCGAGGCAGAGUGCCUCGGAUCAUCAGAUUCUCCGGGGCCGGGGAAGGCGAUGCGAGCGCGACCAACUCGGAAGCGCGGAUUCUGCGAGCGGUGCCCGAUCACAUCAACAUCGUUGGAUAUCACGGCACCUUCCUUACCUCCGGAGAGAACCAGGCGCUUCUGGCGGUGCUUGGCAAGUUUGGGCUGGCGAAGCGCCCCCGGCCAGAGGCCGCCGGAAGUGCACAGGAAGAGAAGGGGGAGGUUGUCUCGCACAAGCCCUGCAUAACACCGCAGAGCAUGCUGACUGAAGCUCCAAGCAACGAGCCGCUGCUUCAUUACUUCACACUGUUGGAGAGAUGCAACCUCAGCCUGCGGGACCUGAUCCAGUUCAAGGCUCUCACAGAGCCCGAGUUGGCCUUUGCCAUGACCAACAUCCUGCGGGGUCUGGCGCAUAUCCACAGGCACGGCGUGCUGCACCGCGAUGUUACCGACGGUAACAUGCUGGUGGCGGACGCCGGGCGCCGGGUGGUUCUCUGCGACUUCGACCUCUCGAUCCAAACAGAAGGCGCCGAGGUGGCUUGGGCCUGCGGCACUCCAGGCUUCACGGCUCCAGAGGUUCUCCUCCGCCAAAGAGGCUCUGCCAAGAGCGACGUCUUCGGCGCCGGGGUGGUGGCGUUCCUGAGCGCCUGUGGCACCCACGCCUUCUUGAGGGAUACCAUGCAGGCGACGACCAAUGCCACCGUCAGCGAGGAGCCGGACUUUUGGGGCGGGCGUUUGCUGAUGCGGGAGGAAAGCUGCUUUAUGUUCAUCAAGAGCCUCCUGCAGAAAGAGGCGGAGGCUCGGCCAUCGGCCAAGCAGGCCAUGUGCGACGCGUGGCUCUUGGACCUCUGCGCCGAGGAGGACCUCUGCGCCGCGGUGGUCAGGUACCAUGCCUCACAGGAGGAGAUCAAACACGAGGCCGCGCCCAGCUUCCUUCGCCGCUGGGCCGCGGCCUUUCCGAAACCCAAGAAGGACGCGAAGUACGCCAGCCGUUGGGAUGCCGAGGACACGCGGAAGGCGCGGAUGUUCGGAUUUCCGUGGAGGCGGGUGCCCCGGUUCUCCAAGGUUCUGCCACAAUGAUCACGGUCGCGAACGACCGUCACUGACCCCAAACAGGUACCGCUGUUCCGUACGUGCGGAAUGCUCAAGGCAAUUCCGGCAGUGGACAAGUAUAUAGGCGAGGGCCGCACCAAAUGCGGAGAGGCCUCCGGCCGGCACCGCAGGAACAGGCAUGGCGCGAAUCCGGACAUCUGGAGCUGGC